UUACGACGACCUGAACCGCAACCUGGCCGAGGUUCUGGUGUCGGCGAUCUCGAUCAACUCGGCCUACACGUCGCGUGUGCUGCCCGGCGACAACCCUGGCGACCUGCCCAAGCAGCUCGGCAAUAAAACGGAGUGCGCGCUGCUUGGCUUCGUGCUGGCGCUGGGUAAAAGCUAUCAAGUUUACCGCGACGAGCUUCCUGAAGAAUGCAUCCAUAAAGUCUACACUUUCAACUCCAUACGCAAGUCGAUGAGCACAGUCAUCCCUGCUGUUCAAAUGUUGUGGGUGAAUUUGAUCAUGGACACGCUGGCGUCGUUGGCGCUGGCCACCGAGCCUCCGACUCCUGAUCUGCUGCUCCGUAAGCCUUAUGGUCGCACAAAGCCUCUCAUCUCCAGGACCAUGAUGAAGAACAUCCUAGGACAAGCUGUUUACAUGAUCUCCACUAUCUUCAUACUGCUCUUCUAUGGAGACGUGCUUUUGGACAUUGACAGCGGUCGCUGGGCUGAUAUCAGAGAUCCGCCCUCGGUUCACUUCACG